AUGGGCGAACAGUUUGAAGAGUGCUUGGAGAUGAAGUGGAAGUCCCCCGAACCGGUCCGGGAGUUCUACAUCGAGAUGGCUUCCCGGCUGGACUUGCUGCACGUGGUUCCAGCUCUUGUUAUCGACCGGUCUGGGAAGGCGGUGAAGCCGGCCAAAGAUGCCAUGGUCAAGAAGGUGAGCAUGGGUCGCGACAAGGAAGGCUGCAUUCAGAACAUGCCCGAAGGAAGGAAUUUCCUCGUGCGAGUUCUCGGCAAGCUGAACGAUGGUAAAGCUGUGUACAGUCCGUGGAAGAAGGCUGCUACACUUAGCCCAGACACGCGAGACAAGGACCUGGGCAACUUAGACCCGAUGAACAUGCCGCGGAUGAACUGCAAUAACUGCCCAUGCGCCUGCUACGUACCUUUCCGGUGGGGCCUCAACUCGCCUGGAAGGUUGCGGUGUAGGCGCUGUGGCUGCCAUCACACAGAGCACCAGAUGGUUGAGAUUGGUGAGAUCCUCAAAGCGCGGGAGACAAAGGCCAAGGGCUCCAUGAACAGAGAGGAUUGGGACGAGCGGGAGUGCCUGCUGUGGUUCUGGUCCCAGGGCGCCGUGCAUCCGAGAAACGUCCUGAAGGAGGCCAACAGCAGGUGCUUUGAGGCGCAGACUUGGCCAGACAAGGAGCUUGUCAUUGUGGAGACAUACUGGGAGUCCUACUCUGACUUCUUCUCGCAGCGUUCAAGCUGCAAGAGGGGAUCAUGGAAAGACUUUGCGUCGGUGAAGGUCUAUGUCAAGUACAAGCAGCAGGCCCGAUCGGACUGGAGCAUCGGACUCAAGAGGAAUGUGGGAACGCACCUUGCUUCCGGCGAGUUCAUUGCAAGCUUCGACGACGACGAUCUUUACGUCUUCGGCUCAGCACCCAGCUACCUCAACACGAUGGUGAGUGCUCUGGAGGCAUUGGCCGUGAAACUCUCCAACUGGUACGUGUACCACAUGGACUCCGACGCUUGGUCCUUUUGCGACCCCAUUGCCUGGGGUCUCACCAAGGGGCUGGAUGAGACCUCUGACAAGGUAAAGAGUUGGGCCUAUGGCUACGGCUUCUCCUACGUCUAUCGCCGGCAGGCGGAUCCCAAGUUCUUGUUUUGCUAA